AUGAAGAUGGUCAAGAAGGGACAGGCAAAGGGUCCGAAACCAGGUAGCGGGGGAGGGGCCAGCAAGAAAACAUCACCAGCAACGACAACCGGCGAUGACAGCUUCAUUGUUUUCUCGAACUCUGACAAAGAGCCAAAGCCGAGGAAACCUCCUGCCGGACCGUCUGCGACAGGCGCGCCGGCUCAGAAUGGCCCUGCGCUGGCAGGAGAGGCGCCACAAAGACCGGACGUGAAGAAAAUAAUUGGCGGGGCGUCAUGGACGGGGAAAUUGCCUGUUAAUAUGUUAUCUGAGCAUUGCCAGAAGCAGAAAUGGGAGAAGCCUGAAUAUACCAUGUCUAAAACUCCAGAAGGUUAUUCGUCAAUGGUUAUCCUGAAAUGGAAGAACCAGAAAACCCAUGAACUCGUGCAACUUCAGCCCUUCAAACUCCCACCUAGCCACAAACACCUCGCUGCGAAACCUACUGCGCUCGAAGCACGACAUUUUGCUGCGACGUACGGCCUCUUUCGAGUCUGCAGCAUGCGCAAUAUACAUAUGAUGUUGCCUCCGGACUAUCGAGACUUGUGGAAAGGAGAAUUUGAGGUCUUGAAGAAAGAGGAUGUUAAGGAGGGCCGUGGGUGGAUGUACGAAGCAGAUCCAUUUGCCGCUCUGCGAGAGCGAGAAGAUGCCAAAAUUCUGAACGAGAAGAAGCGCGCAGAACGAGAGAAGGCCAAAGAGAAAGCUCUGAACACACCGGGAGGACCUGGCGGCUCGAAUUUGGCUCUGCGGAGCAACGGUGGUGGCGGGACCGGUGUUGGAGCCCACAAUAUCCACAGAGGGUGGGUACGAGUUCCCAAGAUUGAGAUGGGCAAAAGAACACGAACGAAUGUUGAGAAUCUGAUAAGGAGAUACGCCAUUUGGAAUCCGCAUGAUGUCAAAAUGUCGCAGUUCCAGAAACAUUCCAUUGUCAAUGAAUUCAAGAACCUCGAAUUUCGGCAAAGCCAUAUUGAGGAGGCAGUUGAAGAAUGCAAGGAUAGAGAAGAAACGCUCGAAUGGCUGCUAAUUCAUGUCCCUGAGGAUGACUUACCUCGAUGGGCUCUGCCAGAAGGCUAUGUUGCUGGAAUCAGUAUGGCUAGUAGCGAUCUCAAGAGAGAGGGUGCUAUCAAGCGUCUAUCUGAGGCCGGGUAUGCUCUUGAUCUGUGCAAGCAGAUGUUCGAUGCGAACGGAGAUGAAGGAAAGGCAGCGGAAGCCUUGCAGCAAAUUCUUGUUUCUAGUGGACAGGACACUGAAAAGCCUCAAGAUGAGGAUUCUUGGGAUUCGGAAGAGUCUAAAGAAGCAUCCGAGGCUAUAUGGGAAGAAGAAAUGACGAGUCUCCAGUCUGUCUUUGGCGACAAAUAUUCCCGACAGUCCAAGGAUGUGUGCAGAGUUGAGUUCAAGCCUGCCAACAGGGGCCGAAAUACCGAAGUACAACCUGUCAUUCAGAUUAGACGAACGCCAGAGUAUCCGCAGAAGCCUCCUGUUAUAGCUGUUUACGCCGCCUUGCCAGCUUACAUCCGCUUGAGCAUCAUGAAACAAGCUUUGAAUCAUGUGGAGGACAACCUACUGGGCGAACAAAUGUGUUUCUUCCUUAUUGAUUGGGCAGAACAACAUCUUUACGGCAUUGUUGAACGUCCCGGAAGACUAAGAGAAGUUUCUGCUGCUGCUUCUACAGUAAGUGAGGUAAGGCCGGUACAUAGGAAGCGACAGACAAUCACAAGGCAUCCAAGGCCGAUUGACUGGGUUUCAAAUUCGAGGAGCAAAGAUGACUGGAUCAGACGGCAGACAGAUCCUAAAUUACAGUCGAGAAUCCAGCAAAGAAAGACUCUGCCUGCGUGGGAGAUGAGAGAAAUUAUAAUUGAUACCGUCAACUCCCAUCAAGUCACAAUCAUUUCCGGCGAGACUGGUUCUGGAAAGUCUACACAGUCGGCACAGUUCAUUCUGGACGACCUGUAUCAAAACUCGUUGGGUGACUCUGUUAAAAUCAUCUGUACACAACCUCGUCGUAUUUCCGCCCUUGGUCUUGCCGAUCGAGUCAGUGAAGAACGAUGCUCGUCUAUCGGGCAAGAAAUUGGUUAUAUCAUCCGUGGGGAGUCCAAGACAUCACAUAACACGAAAAUCACUUUCGUUACGACCGGCGUGCUUCUCAGAAGACUUCAGACUUCCGGAGGUAGCAGCGAAGACGUUGUGGCCAGUUUGGCCGAUGUCAGUCAUGUGAUUAUUGAUGAAGUUCACGAGCGCAGUCUCGAUACAGAUUUUCUACUAGUCCUCUUGAGAGACGUGCUCAAGAAACGCAAGGAUCUCAAGCUGAUUCUGAUGAGUGCAACGCUAGAUGCCGGAGUCUUUGAGGACUACUUCAAGAGUAAUGGCAGGGUUGGCCGGGUGGAGAUCAGUGGUCGUACAUAUCCUGUCGAGGAUUAUUACCUCGAUGAUGUUAUCCAGAUGACAGGCUUCAAUUCAGGUCGCGGUGGACGGAGAGACGAGGAUGAUGCAGACACUGCUGGAUUGGAUUCUGAUGUUGCGGCCGCGAUACAGAGCAUUGGAAUGAGAAUCAAUUACGAUUUGAUCACGCAGACUGUCAAGGAAAUCGAUGCCGAGUUAUCACAUCUGAAACAGGAUGGUGGUAUCUUGAUAUUCCUGCCUGGUGUCGUCGAAAUCAGCAGAACCAUGGAUGCUCUGCGGUCAGUUCAAAACUUGCAUGUUUUACCACUGCAUGCAUCUCUUCAGUCUUCAGAGCAGCGGCGCGUGUUUCCUCACGCACCAUAUGGCAAGCGAAAGGUUGUCGUCGCCACGAACGUAGCUGAGACCUCUAUCACGAUUGACGACAUCGUAGCUGUCAUCGACUCUGGCCGAGUGAAAGAAACAAGCUACGAUCCCCAGAACAAUAUGCGGAAGCUCGAGGAAGUCUGGGCAUCACGCGCAGCAUGCAAACAGAGACGUGGCCGAGCAGGUCGUGUCCAAGCUGGAAAGUGUUACAAGCUCUACACUCGCAAUGCUGAGAUGUCAAAAAUGAUGGAGCGGCCCAAACCUGAAAUCAGGAGGGUCCCUCUGGAGCAGCUGUGUCUCUCUGUUCGCGCGAUGGGUAUUAAGGAAGUUGCAGCGUUCUUGGCCAGUGCUCUCACACCACCCGAAAGCUUGGCUGUGGAUGGUGCGAUGGACUUGCUUGGAAGAAUGGGAGCUCUUGAUGGAGAUGAUUUGACUGCUCUUGGUCGACAUCUUUCAAUGAUACCAGCUGAUCUCCGGUGUGGUAAGCUCAUGGUUUACGGUGCUAUGUUUGGCUGUCUCGAUUCUUGCGUGACGAUUGCCGCGAUUCUGACAGUGAAAUCUCCCUUCGUCUCUCCACAAGACAAGCGAGAAGAAGCCAAGUCAGCAAGAGCGAAGUUCGCGAAGAACCAGGGCGAUUUGAUCGGAGACUUGAAGGCUUUCGAGCAGUGGGACGAGAUGGUCAGCAAUAGAGGCAUCCGGCAAGGCGAAAUCCGCAAUUGGUGCUCAGACAACUACCUCUCGUACCAAACCCUUAACGACAUCUCCUCAAACCGCACCCAAUAUCUGACAUCCCUCCGCGAACUAUCUUUCAUCCCCUCUUCCCCCGCGGCGCUCUUGGCCCUCAACAAACACAGCUCCAGCACAUCUCUCCUGCGUUCUCUAUGCGCAGGUGCUUUCAACCCACAAUUAGCACGCAUCGAUUUCCCCGACAAGAAAUUCGCACCUUCUGUCUCUGGUGCUGUCGAGCUUGAUCCUGAAGCUAAGACCAUCAAGUACUUCAAUCAGGAAAAUGGUCGUGUGUUCGUGCACCCUAGUUCUACGAUCUUCGAUGCUCAGGGGUUUCCUGGGAAUAGUGUAUAUAUGAGUUAUUUCAACAAGAUGGCAACGAGUAAGGUUUUCAUUCGAGACCUCACACCAUUCAAUGCCUACACCGCACUUCUCUUCUCAGGACCCAUCAACCUCGACACUCUCGGCCGCGGGCUCAUCGUCGACGGCUGGCUGCGUCUCAGGGGCUGGGCUCGCAUCGGCGUUUUGGUUAGUAGACUUAGAGGUAUGCUUGAUGACGUACUAGCGAGGAAGAUUGAUGAGCCUGAAAUGAAUUUGGCGGGGAACGAGGUUGUGGAGGCGGUCAUGCAUUUGGUGGAGUUGGACGGGUUGGAUCAGUAG